UUGGCUGGCGAGUCGAGGAGGCGGGCUUGGAAGUCGGCACGUCCCGACAUGGCCGACUGCGGCGGCUGGCGGCCGCCGCGCCCCUGUGAAGCUUACCGCACCGAGUGGAAGCUCUGCCGCAGCGCCAGGCACUUCCUGCUCCACUACUACGUCCACGGCGAGUGGCCGGUCUGCGAGCAGUGGCGGCGCGACCUGGCCAGCUGCCACGACUGGGAGGAGCGCCGCAGCGCCGAGGCCCAGCGAUCCCUCUGUGAGAGCGAGCGGACACGAGUCCAGGCGGCACGGAAGCACGCCCUGGUGUGGGCCCUGAGGCAGCACCCCCCUGCAGACUGGCACCUCCCUCUGCCACAGGAGAAGGACAAGUGACUCAUACCCCUGGCCCUUGGCCUGUGCAGCUUCCUCAGGUCUGUGUCAAGUGGGGCUGUUGCAUAGCCCUAAGGAAUGUGACCAGCUCAAACAGUCUAGUGGAUCCCUGCACGCACCAACCUGACUUGGAACAUGGAGCAGGACAUCACCAGCCCUGCUUGCCUGCCCCUAACCUGCACAUAGGGCAUUCUGACACUGCAAUGCUAAAAGAGACAACUGUACCCACUCCAGAGCUUCCAGGAAGCCAGGCAUUGUGGCAGGUACCCAUGAGCAGCCAGGACAGGCUGGAUACAACAGCACAAGAGAUGGCAAUCCUGAGGUCUAGGUUCCCAGGUAAACUCUUGAAAGAUAGCCCUGACCUUGUGGAUACAUGGUUGAGUCAGAAUGAGAUAGCUAAACAGUGUUGCUGCUGUGAAUGCCUUUCCUUGUCCUUGGGAAACAGGCCACCAUGUCCUGGGCUUGGUAUUGUCAGCCCUUGGCAUCUGAAGCAUGGCGCUCAUUCUUCUCCAACUUGCUUGCUGGGUUCCACUGUGGGUGCAGGCCCCUUUGCACCAGCAAGCUUCACCUCUCAGGCUUCAAGGUAGGCCCUUGGAAACACUCGCUUUUAAGAAAUGCACACAGCUGUAGAACACACAACCUUGCAUAAAAAGGAUUCCUGGACUUUUGGUUUAAGAAGUCUAAGCCCAAGACACAUGGAAUUUAGAACUCCUUCCCUCAAAAUUUCUCCUGGUCUUUAAUGUAGCAAAAGCUACUUCACUAUGUUUGAUUCCAAAUAGAAGCUGAAAAUUUCAUUCACAUGUGUUAGAUUCCACACCUAACAAUGUUGUGCUCAGACAGUAUGCUUAUUCUCUUGUAGAUGUUUUAAAUAUAUAUUUUUAUGAAACUCCAAGAACACUAGUUUUAUUACUCAUAAAAUGGUUCAGCAUUCUGUGGCCACAUGGAGGCCCAGUUGUGUGUUACCGAUGGCUGGGCUAACCGUGUACCCUCCCUUUCUUCCUGGCCCAGGCAGCAGGUCAAACAUCUUUUAAUUUGUUCUUUAGGGUGAAAUAAUUGAUCAGAAGGACAUACAUUAAAGAAUAUUUCCCCUCUUG